UGCGUACAUUGCGAAAGAGUUAUAGCCACAUACACCACCUAACUCUAACGUACUUUGUAAGAUCGAUCAGGAUGAUCGAGGUGGUAGUGGUCCGCCCGACAAUUAAAAUUGAUAGAAAUUAACAUGUAUCACAGUAUCACAUAAAAAACAAAGUUUGAAGGAAAUUAACCCACAUCCCAUCCAUUUCAUUUCAUUCCCAAAAAAAGAAACCCAAGAAUAUCUGUGACUCGAUAAAUGAAGGAAGAAAUUAAAGUACAGCUUCUACUUAACACCGACAAUAAUGAUAAGCUAGUUGAUGAAGCUGGUCAUCAUGGGUUGUUUCCACCAUUACCAGAAGCAAAUGAUACGUCGUUGGCGGUGGCAGCGGCAGCGGCAGCGGCGGUAACUCCAAUGCUGCUUUUCUCCGUCUUCAUAGCAGUCUUGGGUUCUUUUUCCUUUGGCUUUGUUGUGGGAUAUACAUCACCUGUGCAAGCUGAGAUUAUGAAGGAACUUGAUUUAUCAACAGCCCAGUUUUCUCUCUUUGGUUCACUGCUCACUGUUGGAGGAGCAUUAGGAUCUGUAGUAUGUGGCAAGUUAACUGAUUACAUAGGUCGAAGGCGCGUGUUACAACUAACUUCUCUAGUUUUCAUUUUUGGGUGGUUUGCCAUAUCAGUUAGCCAGGGUGCGUGGCUGCUCGAUCUGGGCCGAUGGAUGCUGGGUUUUACUGGGGGCAUUUCAGGCUUUGCUAUUCCAGUAUAUGUAGCAGAAUUUACACCCAAAAAUCUCCGAGGAGGAUUUGUGAUUCUCCAUGUGUUAAUGAUAACAGUCGGAGUAUCAGCAGCCUUUCUCAUAGGACUAGUCACUUCAUGGCGUACUUUAGCUCUGAUUGGAAUUAUUCCAAGUCUUGUACAGAUAGUCGGUAUAUUCUUCAUUCCAGAAUCCCCUAGAUGGCUGAUGAUGAUGGGUAAAAACAAGGAGUUUGAAGCAGCAUUGCAAUGCUUUAGGGGAGGUUUUGUCGAUAUUACUCAAGAAGCAGCUGAUAUAAGGAACUCUGCUGAAGCCCUUGAUCAAAUAGAAAAAGUUAGCAUCCUACAACUAUUCCAGAGGAAAUAUGCUUAUGCGCACAUAGUUGGAAUUGGUCUCUCAGCACUUGGUGCUCUUGUUGGUUUAAAUGGGAUCAUAUUUUAUGCCGGUUCUAUAUUUGAAUCAGCGGGAUUUUCAGUUAAAGUGGGAACUGUGGCACUGGCCUCUUUCCAGCUUCCAAGUGUGGUUUUGGGUGUAAUUUUGAUGGAUAAAUGUGGGAGGCGCCCUCUUAUUAUGAUUUCAGCAGCUGGUCUUUUCAUAGGCUGCUCGUUGACAGGGCUCGCAUUUCUGUUUGAGGAUCAUCAUUUUCUGGGUGGUAUCAGUCCUUCUAUCGCACUUAUUGGCAUAUUGAUCUAUGUUGCUUUUUAUCCAAUCGGUGUAGGGGGAGGAACUUGUAUUAUUAUUUCGGAGAUAUAUCCCUUGAACAUAAAAGGUUCAGCAGGCAGUAUUGCUGCUGUAGUAUCGAGUCUAUCAUCAUGGAUUGUUUCAUAUGCUUUCAACUUUUCAAUGGAAUGGAGUUCUUCAGGGACGUUUUUCGUAUUGGCGGGUGUUUGUGUGUUUACACUAAUAUUUGUGGCGAAAUUGGUGCCUGAGACAAAAGGAAAGACACUCGAAGAAGUUCAUAAGACAAUGAGUGAUGUUUGGCAGUGAUAUAACGUACCUAUGCAUUCUAUCAGAUGUUUUUCACUUACAUUUAUCACUUUCAAUAUUGUUGAAAAUUGUUUUGUAAAAGUAAUAAAAUGAAAAGAGCGUUGAAAGGUUGAUGAUGAA